UCAACACCGUUCCUUGUCUGUGCCAUUACAACCGUAUCUAUUUAUCUUUGUCUACCUAGGACAGGUGGAUUUGGGCCCUUGGCCGGACAUUUUGUGGACUUUAAUUUAUAUAAAAAAAGGGCAAAAAUGUUAUCYCGAGCUGCGAUUCUCUCCGGGCAAAACUCCCGUGCUUUGGUCGCUUACGCCUCCCGUGCCAGUAGCGCGACUUCGGCCUCGGGGCAAGACUCCAGCAAGGGCCCCCUGUGGCAACGACCUGUCCGUCAAGAGCCGGGGAAGGUGCGAAUGGGGUUCAUUCCCGACGAGUGGUUCACCUUCUUCUACAAGAAGACGGGGGUCACGGGGCCCUACACUUUCGGGUUCACUUUGUCCACGUAUCUCAUCAGUAAGGAGAUUUACGUGAUGGAACACGAGUUUUACAAUGGGUUGUCUUUGGCGGUCAUGUGGAUCGCUGGGAUUAAACUAUUGGGCCCCAAACUGGCCAAGGCUUUGGAUAAGGAAAUUGAUGCUUAUGAGGCUGAGUGGAAUGAGAGUCGGGUUCAAGACAAACAGGGGCUUCAGGACGCCAUCGAAGAUGAGAAGAAGAACCAGUGGAGGAUGGAGGGACAGACGAUGCUUGUGCAAGCCAAACGCGAAAAUGUGGGCCUCCAAUUGGAAGCCGCCUAUCGGGAACGCCUCUUGGAGGCUUACACUCAAGUCAAGAAGCGGUUGGACUACCAAGUCGAGAAACAAAAUAUCGAACGGAGGAUUGCACAGAAAAAUCUUGUUGAUUGGGUUGUGAGGAAAGUCAAGGCUUCCAUCACUCCAGAUCAAGAGAAGCAAAAUAUUGAUAAUUGUAUCGCAACUUUGGGGAAUUUAAUCCCCAAAGUUUAAUUGUAAUGUUGUUUGUACAGUCAACAGAUUAGAACAUUACAUAUUGUCAUUUAUUUCCUUCUAUUUAAUAAAUUUUCGUCUACAACGUUCAUUAAUGCCACUUACUGGAAAUUAGGUACCAAAACGUUCAGUUUUUGUCAAUUUGUAAAAUAUAAUUGUUAUCGAAAUAAAGUUUUUUCUUUUCAACCCGA